AUGGCGGCAGCAGUGGCUGCUGUGGCAGCAGUGGCGGCAGCAGUGGAUGCUGUGGCAGCAGUGGUGGCAGCAGCUGUGGCAGUAGCCAACAGUCUGGUGGCUGUUGCUGACCUGCUUCUGAACACCCAGGCCAAGAUGUCCUGCCAGCAGAGCCAGCAGCAGUGCCAGCCCCCUCCCAAGUGUGCCCCCAAGUGCCCUCCCAAGUGCCAGACACCAAAGUGUCCCCCCAAGUGUCCCCCCAAGUGUCCUCCCAAGUGCCCCCCUGUGUCUUCCUGCUGUAGCCUGGGUUCUGGGGGCUGCUGCGGCUCCAGCUCUGGGGGAGGCUGUGGCUCCAGUUCUGGGGGCUGCUGCAGCUCUGGGGCUUCUGAACACCCACAGGCCAAGAUGUCCUGCCAGCAGAGCCAACAGCAGUGCCAGCCCCCUCCCAAGUGCGCCCCCAAGUGCCCUCCCAAGUGCCAGACACCAAAGUGUCCCCCCAAGUGUCCCCCCAAGUGUCCCCCCAAGUGUCCCCCCAAGUGUCCCCCCAAGUGUCCUCCCAAGUGCCCCCCUGUGUCUUCCUGCUGUAGCCUGGGUUCUGGGGGCUGCUGUGGCUCCAGCUCUGGGGGAGGCUGUGGCUCCAGCUCUGGGGGCUGUUGCAGCUCUGGGGGUGGUGGCUGCUGCCUGAGCCACCACAGGCCCCGCAGAUCUCUCCGACACAGACACCAGAGCUCUGGAUGCUGCGGCAGUGGUGGCAGCAGUGGAUGCUGUGGCAGCAGUGGUAGCAGCAGUGGAUGCUGUGGCAGCAGUGGCGGCAGCAGUGGAUGCUGUGGCAGCAGUGGUGGCAGCAGCUGUGGCAGUAGCCAACAGUCUGGUGGCUGUUGCUGA